UCACACGGUCUGAGUCGCGGUGGGCGUGGCUAACGGAUUCAGAGCAGAGCAGCAUUACCGCAGCCAGCGUCAACACAAACCAACAAACACGGACUCUAUUUCUGCUCUUAUUUAAUAAACAAACGUCGUAUUUUGCUGAGCGUCCUCUAAUCUGAAGGGAUUCCAGUGAGGGAAGGAGACAUGUCCCAGGAAAAGCCCACCUACCCAAUGAUGGGGGAGAACAACCCCCUCCACAACAAUGUCUACGAACCGCCCAAAAUGGAUGCCUUUGGAAUGCCUCCGCCCAACUACAGCCAGGGUCCAGUGGCCCCUCCGUAUGUGGCACCGGGGCCCUAUGUCCAGUCUGGUUACGGCCAGCCCGGUUUCCAACCUACGGCACCAGGGUUCGGCCCUGCACCGUACCCACAUCCACAGAUGCCAUACCCACAGGCGGGCUACGCUCAGGGGCCGUACGCUCAGGGGCCGUACCCUCAGAGCCCAUACCAGCAGGGGCCCGGCCAGCCUGCCUUUGGUGUAGAUCCUAAUGCUUCUGUAGAGAGCCCUGGAUACCAUGGUGGAGAUGGACCCCCCUCUUACUAUGGCAAUGAUGAGUUUACAAACUCCGGUUGGGAAGAUAAGAGUAUCCGACAGGCCUUUAUUAGAAAGGUGUUUUUGGUCUUGACUGUGCAGCUGCUGGUCACCUUCUCUUUUGUUGCCGUUUUCACCUUUUCAACUGAUGUCAAAGUGUUUGUACGGAGAAAUCGGUGGACGUACUAUGUGUCCUACGCUAUCUUCUUCGUGGCACUCAUCGUUCUCAGCUGCUGUGGAGAGUUUCGCCGCAAGCACCCAUGGAACCUGGUGGCACUGUCCAUCCUGACUCUGAGUCUGUCCUAUAUGGUUGGAAUGAUUGCCAGCUUCUAUGACACAGAUACGGUUAUCAUGGCUGUGGGCAUCACUGUGGUCGUCUGCUUCACCGUUGUGCUUUUCUCUCUGCAGAGCAAAUAUGACUUCACUUCCUGCUGGGGCGUUCUUUUCGUCUGUUUGAUUGUCCUGGUCAUUGCCUCUUUCCUCUGCAUCUUCAUCCAAAACAAAAUCCUGCACAUCGUCUACGCUUCGCUCGGGGCCCUGCUGUUCACCUGCUUCCUGGCUGUGGACACUCAGCUUCUCCUUGGCAACAAGAAGUUGGCCAUCAGCCCAGAGGAGUACGUCUACGCGGCUCUCAACCUCUACACUGACAUCAUCAACAUCUUCCUUUACAUCCUGACCAUCGUGGGUCGCGCCAGGGACUGAGUGCGCCCCCUUCCCGUGAAAAAAGGGAAGUGCAGUCCACUUUACACGGAAUGAUGCAUCACCUCACCUUUCCUCAUUUUCUUUUCUCACAUUCCCUGUAUGUCCAAAUGUACAGGUUGGUCAAUUGCAAAAAUCAACCAAUAGAAAUGUAUUUAAAACCGCUUCCGUGAUUCUGGAGAUGCAUAGUGUGUUUGCAUCCAAACAGCAUGACCGAAAAUUCACCCGACCUCUUUUGCACGUGAUUGACAAUUGAGGGAUAAAGAAAGUGCAAAUAUCAAUGAACGGAUGUUUAUAUGUCGAGAGUAAGGAACACUACUAAUACUAAUGUUCUCCACUAGUCUCUGCAUGAUAGCGAAGAAUGUCACACACACAGAUCCUUCUCCAAACAUUAGCUUGUAAAUAAAAGUCAAAUAAAGCUCACACUCCUCCAGUUCUCGGCAUGAAUAUCUGAAUGUGCUGCUCACUAAUGUGUGCGUUUCUAACAUCACCGCUUUGCAGCGUAACACCACUGAUAUAUAUAGACUCCAAGAUGACAAACGGUUGUACAGUUGACUGUAUUAUCUACAGUAUAAGUAAAUUAAAGCCUGUAUAUAGUUUAUUUCUCUUUCAUUUGAGAGGAAGGUGAGAUGGUGAGGUUGUCUUAAAUCACUCAAAAGGUCAGUAUUUGAGGCUCAAACACUACAUGACUCUUCUUUUUCAUGCUGACUACUUUUUUUUUUUUCAUCCAGUAGAUGUUUUUUGUUUUUUUGAGUGCGUGUGAAUGAGGGAAAGAGACGUGUUCCCUUAUUUUAACUGAUGCGAUUGGAAUAGAUGCUUUUGAAAGUGUCACAAGUUGCAUGUUAACUUGCAAAAAUGUUCCAUGUGCUGGAAAAUAACAGGAUAUUUCUAGGAUAAUUCCUGCAAUUGAUGUUUUUGUGGUUAUUUGUACAGUAAGUUAUUUAUUGAGCUGCCAGAGGGAGUCUGCUGGGUAACGCACAUGGUCAUGUGAUUCAUUUUAAACUGUGCUAGACAAUAAAGAGUGUCUAUUUAAACAUUGAUAGGCAUUUAAGCAAGCAUAUUAAGGACACAUUUUUCUGUAUGUUAAAGAAUAUCCACUGCAGAUGGUUUCAGAUGUGAAUGUAAAAUUUAAUUUAAUUCAUAACAUUCAUUGAAAUGUCAUGUACCCAGACUUGCAUGUGGAGCUGCUGAACACUAAACUGGCUGUGAAAGACGUGAUGGGUGACUUGGGUGGCAUAACCCUUUUUUAAUAAAGUGUUUGUCUUUAUAACUAACUUCUGCGUAAGUAAAGCUAUAGUGGAUUGAGGUGUGUUUGAGCUUUGUAGAUCGAUCUCUUUGCACUGUACAUUUGCAUUAAACUGAAGUUAAAAUAUAUUCCUCUGCAGCCUGUUUGCGUUUCAUUACAAGAAUAAAAUUUAGAGGAAAACA